AUGGCCUUCCACAGCUCUGGUUUGAAGAGAAAGCAACUGUGCAGUCUAUCGAUGCCGGCGUACACCCCCGUCUGUGUGACUCUUCUGUCCCUCGUCCUCGCUCCAGCUCUAGGACAACUCGACCUGAACAGACUGGACGGCGAUACCGUCUGCCCACCAAUGAGAAGCGGACAAGAUGACCUUCCAGGUUUCGAUCUGAUCACUCAGUUCCAGCUGGACGUGAUUCCCCUGAAAGGCGUGAGGAAGGUGGACGGCUCCACUCCCCUCCAGGUGGCCUACCGUCUUGACAGGGAGGCCAACUUCCAAAUUCCAACCAUGCUGAACUUUCCUCGCGGCUUCCCUGAUGAGUACUCCUUCAUGGCCACUUUCCGCAUGAUCAAGAACACGGUGAACAAGGUGUGGAACGUCUGGCAAAUAGUCGAUGAAGAUGGCUACAAACAAGCUGGACUGAGGCUGAACGGCGACCAGCAGGCUCUUGAGUACUUCCUGAUGGGCGCAGAUGGAAACCUGCAGACCGUCACCUUCCCCGGCCUCUCUGUGCUCUUCAACACAAAGUGGCACAAGGUGAUGAUCGGCGUGGAGCGCGACCAGGUCACGCUGUAUGUGGACUGCCAGCCCGUGGAUAAGAAGCCCAUUAAGGGCAAAGGCCCCAUCAACACAGAGGGAGACACUCUUAUUGGCAGACUGGAUGCUGAUCCCGACGCCUCCGUAGUGUUUGAGCUCCAGUGGAUGUUGAUUCACUGCGACCCGAAGAGAGCCCAGAGAGAGAGCUGCAAUGAGCUGCCUGCUACUGAGAUGUAUGCCAAUGCUGAGCCUGACAAAUCAGUCCAAGGCCCCCCAGGUGCCCCUGGUCCAGAGGGCCCCCGAGGGCCCCAGGGAGAAAAUGGUCGAGAUGGAAGAGAUGGUCUUCCAGGGUCUCCUGGCAGUCCAGGCUCUCCUGGCAGCAAAGGGGAGCAGGGGGAGAUUGGUCUUCCUGGACAGAGAGGCCUGCCUGGACUUCCAGGACCUGCUGGCUCUCCUGGUUCAAUGGGUCCCAGAGGGCCUGUAGGAGAGAGAGGACUUCCUGGCUUUCCUGGACCUGCAGGUCCUCCUGGCCCAGCAAGUGAAGGACCGGCUGGACCUCCAGGGAAACCAGGAAUCCCAGGAGAUGAAGGAAACAUCGGACCUGAGGGCCCACCUGGACCCAGAGGGACGGCCGGUGCCGCAGGGCUUCCUGGUCCUCCUGGUCCACCAGGGCCUGUGGGACCUCCCGGUGCCAGCAAUGAGGGAAGUGGGGAAGCUUGCCCUGCUGCCUGCCCUGCUGGACCUCAGGGAAUGGCCGGGCUACCAGGGAUGAAGGGACACAAAGGUUUGGCGGGUGAGCCUGGAAAAGAUGGCGUGCCCGGAGAUAAGGGAGAUGCUGGAGAAGCCGGUCCUCAGGGACCACCGGGUCGCAUGGGAGAUGAUGGACAAAGAGGACCCAUCGGAUUCCCUGGAGCUGCAGGAGAGAAGGGAGACAGAGGUCCUCCUGGUUUCAACGGCGUCCCUGGACCCACUGGCCCCCCUGGAGCUCCGGGCGUGGAGGGAAUCCGUGGACGUCAGGGUUUGCAAGGGGAAAAGGGCGACGAUGGAGCUGUGGGACCUCAAGGAGAGCAGGGUCCUAAAGGAGACCAAGGAGAAGUUGGAGAGCCUGGUGCAGACGGCUUGGAUGGACUUGCUGGAGCUAAUGGUGAAAAGGGAGAGCCUGGUACUCCUGGAGCUAGCGGUGUCAGAGGGAUUGUGGGUAUUCCAGGCCUUCCAGGGAAGCAAGGAGUAGUUGGGCCCCCCGGUGAAAAGGGUGAAACCGGUGCUGAGGGAGCGGUCGGGCCAGUUGGACUUCCUGGAAAAACUGGUGAAGCUGGAAACGAUGGGGAAGAUGGAAAACCAGGAGAUAAAGGAGCCACUGGUGAGACAGGAAAACAAGGGCCAGUGGGGCCUGCAGGUCCAGCAGGAAUCCAAGGCGACAAAGGAGAUAAAGGUCAGACUGGUGCUAAAGGACUGAAGGGUCAUACUGGGCACAAAGGUGAUCAGGGACCUAUUGGACCAGAUGGACCAAAAGGAAGCCUGGGUGACACAGGGUUGCCAGGAGAUCCUGGGGUCAAGGGAGAUCAGGGCCCGCCUGGCAUUCAAGGAGCCAAAGGAGAGCUUGGAGAAAAGGGCCAAAGAGGAGCUGCUGGAAUCGAUGGCAGACCAGGUCAGCCAGGACACGAGGGUUUGGCUGGUCCGAUGGGAGCUCGAGGUCUGGAGGGAGAACCAGGCCUCCCUGGAUCACCAGGCCCCAGAGGUCUACCAGGCCCAAAAGUGAGCGAUGAGAAACUUCGGGAAAUGUGCUCAGCUGUUGUCGAAGAACAAUUAGCAGAGUUUAUGAAAGAGCUCCUGAAGAAGCCGGCAGCCAUUGGGGCUCCUGGCACCCCUGGACCGGCCGGGCCCGCCGGACCUCCUGGACCAGCCGGAGCGGCAGGAGCAGCAGGUGCUCCGGGGCCGAGUGGUCCUAAAGGCCAUCCAGGCUUCUAUGGACUUCCAGGCGCGCCGGGCAAGAAAGGUGAUGCCGGUGCAAAGGGAGACAAGGGAGACAAGGGAGAGGACGGUGUGGGAAUCAAAGGAAGCCCAGGCGCACCAGGUGCAGCAGGUGCACCUGGCGCCCCUGGCAUUGGCAAGGACGGCAAAGACGGAGCGCGUGGUGAGGGUGGAAGUCCUGGUGUUCCAGGAGCUGCUGGUCCGAGGGGGCCCUCGGGACCACCUGGCCUUUGUGAUCCAUCAACCUGUAUAGGCAGACUUCCACCUCUCUAUAUGGUCAGCGGGAAGAAAUCCGCCAGCUACAAAAACCCAUGA